AUGCACCGAGCAACUUUCCUCAUUCUAGGUCUCGUUCUCCAAUACGCUCAUGCCACAUCAUCAAGCCCCCAAGGAUACUUCAACCAUGAAACAGAAAGUCAGAAAAGCGGUCAGGCACCCGGUGGUCUCGUUGAUUCUUCCCAUGAGUUCAAUCUAGGUGAAACCUCUCUCGCUCAAUUAACUCGUUCUCUGACUCGAUCGGAAUGUCAUGCGGAUAUUGCAAAAAGACUACAGCACUCAUGCAAAAAAGAAGGAGAUGUCGUAGAAGGCUUUUCAGAACUUAACAAAAGAAGUGUUGCCAUCUCUUUCACCAUUUGCUCCUUGCAAUCCGCUCUUCAAUCGGUUCCAGUAGAAUGUCUCUCUUGGUCGACGGCUUCGAUCACGCCAAAUGCCCGGAGAAGCGAAAAUACCGUUAGGCUCGAUGAUCAACAAGCAGGAUCUAUCCAUGAACAGCAAAAAUUGUGUUUAGGUCCACAAGAGUGGAGCGCAUAUAACGUAUAUCUCAGUGAUGCAACCCAGCUUUGUCAUGCUUUAGAAGCCAGGAAAGAAGCAGAUGUUAUUCAUGAGCGGUUCAAGAACGCUACUAUUGAGAAGAUGAACCUUCUUAAUCUCAUGAAACGGAGGGAAGAAUCGCAGCUCGAUCGCGAGAAGAAAAGUCAAAUUGAGCUCGAGAUACGGUCGAAGGAUUUGCACGAUACUUUCGAUCUUGUGAUAUCUGCCCACCGACGUCUACGUGGUGACAUAGAGGAAUCGUCCCAUCUAGCCCAAGAUCUCCGAUUUGCAUUCAGCGCCUUCGAAGCAGAAAGGACUAUGAUCUGGGAGCGUAUUGAGCACGACCUUAAAGACCGAUUGCUGGAUACAGAUGCUCGCUUUGAGGCGAUUGUCUUCGAUAUGAAAGACAAUCUGGCACUGGAGCACAAUCGAGUCAUCAGCGACAAUGCCAAGGGAGCAGCCCAAGCUUUACAAGUGCGGAUCAGAUCCACCUUGAACGACAUCGACUCAUUUACUAAUCACAUGAGCGAGCAGAUGGCCUGGGAAGGGAUCUCCCAUUUGGCCACUGUUGCCACUUCAGAGCUGGACCUUCUGGGAAUGGGAUUCGAACAGUUGCAUAACACUUUGGCAUCGUCAGCAGAACUAUCUCAAGCAAUCAGCUUGGAACAACACAAUAUGACUAGAUCGCUGGCGAUUGCGUCUCAACAUGCUCACAGACUGUUUGAAACGCAAGGGCACCUUGAAACAGCCCUGAAUCGCUCGUUGAGUUCAGUAACUCGUGGAUUCGGGAUAACUGGUCUGUCUUUCUCGCUCUUUUCUACUCCUUCGAUUGUCUCAUUCUCCUCAAUACGGGGUCUUGGUGUACAUUUACUCAUCUGUUUCGCUCAAAUGUUGUGGCAGAUACUAUAUUCAACGGCUUCCGCUUUGUGCUGCUUACUCAUCGUGUUCCGUACUGGUCUGAAAAAGUCGAUAAGCAGUCAAUUUGGCAACCUAGUACGCCACUUUGAGGAUGAGGAAGCAGCUAUCUCAACCCGACGCGUCGAACCACCGAUGCCAGAAAGGGAAAUGAUUCGACCGUUACGAGACACGUCCAAGUCCACCUAUCCACCACUUAAAAUAUCUCAUCCACAUGCAGCUUUUCUACUCAGUCCAAGCAAUCGAAGAAUGCGUAGAUCAGUCUCAACGCCAUUGUGA